UGUUAUUGUGACGUGUUUUCUAGUGGACGGGACGCUUCUUCAACAACAUUAUUCAUCAAGUCAGCCACCGAGAUGUAGCAUCUUCGGUCGCUUGCUAGCUAACAGCCAAAACAUUGGAGCUCUUUAGACGCCUUUGGUUUAUAUUUGUCUCUCUGUUUUAAACAUACUUUCGUUUAUAGUAGCUACAUGCCCAAUUUUAUUUAAUAUGUACAUUGUUAAUCAGGUAGCUAGCUGGUUUGCUAAGUUAGCUUAGCACCAGGCUACUCGUCAAUGCUAAAUAGCUAGCUACUAAAAUCCCCAACCAUGAGUUCACUAAGAUACUCCCCCUGCUAAAGAAGAUGAGGUCUGCCGGACGGAGAAAGAAUCUCGGGGGCUGAACGUUGUCGUAAAAUAAGAAGAUGAGGAUGAUAUUACAGUAAAAGCAGAGGAAGAAGCUUUCAGAAUGGAAGAGGAGGCUAUCAGUAUCAAAUUAAAAGAAGAGGAGGUGGCUGUUACAGUGAAAGAAGAGAAGGAACCUUUUGAAGUGAAAGAGGAAGAGGGGGUAGAAGUUUUCCCAAUUAAAAAGGAGAAAGCAUGGGCUAUCACAUUGAAAGAAAAAGAGGAUGUUACAGUCAAAGAAGCGAAAGAACCUUUUGUGGAAGCAGAAGAGGGGGCUAUCUUAAGAAAAGAGGAGGAAGAAGACGUUUUGGGAGUGGAUGGAGAGGAGGAGACUGAAGUUCUGAUUAACACCAGUUCACUGGCUGUUGAUGAGGUGAGACGCUACCGUCCCACAUAUCCUAGAGAGGUCAACACCCCAGCCAUCCUACAAUCUAAGCUAGAUGCCCUCAAUCUCACACAAAUUAUCAAGGAACCUACCAGGAGAGAGACCAGACUCUCACUCUGACAGCAGGAAGAAUCCUUCAGGGGAACCAGACCCAGAGACGCCCAAACCAGCGAGACAACAUCACUUUUCCCAGGGCAGAAAGAGUUUGACCAAGUUAGGGAACCUAAAAGAGCAUGAGAGAACACACACAAGAGAUAAGCAUUUUCAAUGUUCACAGUGUGGAAAGAGUUUUAUCUGGAUAGGAAGCCUGAAAAGGCAUGAAGGAAUACACAUAGCAGGGAGUAAGACCUACCACUGCUCUCAUUGUGGAAAGAGUUUUACUCAGUUAGGGAGCCUGACAAUACAUAAGAGAAUACAUACAGGAGAGAAGCCUUUCCAAUGUUCUCACUGUGGAAAGAGUUUUACCAGAAUAGGGAGUCUGAAAAGGCAUGAAGGAAUACAUACAUCAGGGAGGAAGACCUACCACUGCUCUCAGUGUGGAAAGAGUUUUACUGAGUUAUGGAGCCUGAAAAAACAUGAGAGAAUACAUACAGGAGAGAAGCCUUUCAAAUGUUCCCAGUAUGGAAAGAGUUUUACCCAGAUAGGGAGCCUAAAAGUGCACGAGAGGACACACACAGGAGAACAGCCUUUCCACUGUUCCCACUGUGAAAAGAGUUAUACCAGUUUAGGGAGCCUGAAAAGGCAUGAAGGAAUACACACAGGAGAAAAGGCCUACCACUGCUACCAGUGUGGAAAGUGAUUUUUACGAUCACAGGACCUAAAAUCACACGAGAGGACACACCGAGGAGAAAAGCCUUACCACUGCUGUCAAUGUGGAAGGACUUUUACCAGUUUAGGGAACCUGAAAAGGCAUGAAGGAAUACACACAGGAGAAAAGCCCUACCUAUGCUCCCAGUGUGGAAAGAGAUUUUUACAAUCACAGGACUUAAAAUUGCAUGCAAGGACACACACAGGAGAAAAAGCCCUACCACUGCUCCCACUGUGGAAAGAGGUUUACUCAGGUAGGGAGCCUGAAAAUACAUAAGAGAAUACACUCUGGCGAGAAGCUUUACCACUGCUCUCAUUGCGAAAAUACAUUUUCCCGGUCAGAGGACCUGAAAUCACAUGAGAGAAUAGAGAGGCUGUGUUCUGACUUAUGUUUUUGACUGAGAAUUUGUGUUUUUGUUUAGGCCACAAUAAAUAAUAAUGUUUAUAUAAAAUCAUACAAAAAAAUAGGCCUGUUUUUGUUUUUUUCAUCUCUAGACAUGAUCAUGUCUAUAAUUAGAUAAAAUAUUUUUAUAUGUGUAUUUUGUUUUAACUCUUUGUGUUGUCAUUAUAUUAUUUGGAUAUUGCAAAAUGUAAAUGGUUGUAUACAGUAGAUGGAGUUUUGCAUUUAUUGAUUCUAACUUUGAAAAGGAAUUUGAUUAUGAUUUGGAUAUUGUUUCAUUGAGUUAAUUUGUGUACUAGUCGUCAAGCUAAAGGUGUAUGAAAAUAUUUCAAAAGGAAUAGUUUCACCAUAUUAAGUUCACGUAACAGGGUUGACCUUAAAAUGAGGGACAGAUGUCAAUGAAUUACUAAUAACAUUAAAUAAAUCAUCUUCAGAAAUGACUGUGAAAGCAAUGGAGACAUUUGGGGAUUAAGUGGGCUAAAAUCUUCUUAAAGGUGUCAGGGUUGAUGGAGGGACAUGUCAAAAUGCUGAAUGUUGGCACUUUAGCAAGCCUUUAUUCAUACAAAUAUGUGGUCUAUAUUAAAGGGCACAUCAUUUAGUUUAACAAGCUUUUAAAAUAAAUAUUUGUACACAAUUUCUACUUACAAUAUCAAAGGCAUUCUUCGUGGAACGAACCAGGUGCUGAUUGUAAAAAAGGAUUUGAUUAAUGCAACAUAUUUUUUCUGAAUAUAUAUAUUAAAAGUGUAACACCAAUAUUAGACAUUUAUUAUAUACAGUACACCAGUAAAACAUUUGGACACACCUACUCAUUCAAGGGUUUUUCUUUUCUUUUUACUAUUUUCUACAUUGUAGAAUAAUAGUGAAGAUAUAAACUAUGAAAUAACACACAUGGAAUCGUGUAAUAACCAAAAAGGUGUUAAACAAAUCUAAAUAUAUUCUUCAAAGUAGCCACCCUUUUCCUUGAUGACAGCUUUGCACACUGCAUUCUCUCAACCAGCUCAGUGGUAGUCACCUGGAAUGCAUUUUAAUUAACAGGUGUGCCUUGUUAAAAGUUAACUUGUGGAUUUUUUUUUUUUUUUAAACACAAAAAACACUCAGUUAUUGUGAAAACUUUCAUCACCUUUCAAUGCUUUAGCAUAAAUGUUUAUACAUAUUCAGAUUGAGCUAUCUUUCUAAAAUGUGUAUAGUGUGCCAAGUUAUUUAGCCACAUUUAUUUACCACCACAGCAUAGACAAAGCAUUCGAGUGUUCCAUGCCAUGGAGGACUGCGGGACAGGGAUGGCUAUCCGCCAGGCUGCCAAGGUUAAGCAUAUUUUGUUUUUAGGAGAUUACCACAUGUGUGUGAAUUUUAUCUGCUAGUAAGUUUUCUUUUCUUAUCUACCAAGGUGCAUGGUACCUCGGCAGACCCUGGCGGACAGCCUGAGCGGCCGGGUGACCCAUGGUUGUCGCAGUGGACCGCCCACAUUGCUUGCACCAGAGGAUAAAAAAUUAUCUGGUGCAGUACUGUAUCUACUGCGCCGACCAAAUACGCAGGUUUUGGCACCCAGGGGAAACAAUCUCACCACUGGGGAAGAGGUGGGGGAAAAUGUUCAAGAGGAGGCACAAGAUCCUGAGCAUUAGGAGGACGGACACCCUAGACGGGGAGAGCUGAGUGUGCCACACGUCGGACGAUGGACACCUUCUUAACUUCUUAUGAGAAGCACUUGGAGGAGAGUGGGUUGAGGGAGAAACCCAGACAAAUCUAUAACUGCGAUGAGUGGGUUUCGUAGCGACCAGAGCAGGCACAAAGUGCCGGUUCCCCGGGGUACAAAACACAUGUAUCAGCAGGCUCCGGGGACCAAGGAGCACAUCACAGUGCUGUCCUGCUACAACGCAGCUGGGGAGGAUGUCCCCCCGUUUAUCAUCUACUCCAAGUGUUUCCCGGUGGCCACUACACACUGGGAUGCCUCCCAAGCUUUUUCUGGAUGGUCAAACAGUGACUAGAUUGACGGGGACCUGUUCAGGAAGUGGUUUCAGCACUUCAUUCAGCACGCAGUGAAGGAGCGCCCUCUCCUUCUCCUCUUCCGUGGACACAAGAGCCACAUGGACCCAGAGGUGCUCGCGGCGGCACUAAGGGAAGGGGUUAUACUUCUUUGUCUUCCACCACACUGCACCCUUGUCCUGCAGCCGCUGGACGUGGCAUACUUUGGCCCUUUAAAGGCUGAGUUUUCCAAGGUAGCUGGAGACCUCAGCCAUUUUUACCACUCCUACAUUGUAAACAAAUCAGAAUUUGCCAGAGUAUUCCGUUACACGUACCAGCGCUGCAAGGCUAUGUGGUGGAAGCGUUUAAGAAGUGUGGCCUCUUCCCCUUUGACCUUUCAGCCAUUGAAGGCUCCCGUUUAAUACCGUCUUGGUCCCUACCGGGUCCCACUACCGCCUCUCCUGGAACCAGCAGCACUGUGCCGUCCAUCAGCACCUCCUCCCCAGCAACCACAGCCCCUGCUCCAGUCCCAGUCCCUGCUCCAGCCCCAGCCCUAGCUCUAGAAGAACACCCCCUAAUAGAUGAGGGGCUGAUAGUGAAGGACAUGGGUUACAUCCUUACUGUCCUGAAGUAUCGGCUAGACCGAUAUAGAAGACUCCCUGUGGUCACCACAUGCCUCACCGGGGAGGAAUACACGUGCCAGUGGCAGGAGAGGGGUGAGCAGGAGAGGGCCGAGGCAGGGGAGAAAGCGUUGGGCAGCCCUCAGAACACAGAGGGCACAGGAGAGGGCUGCCAUGGAUGAGACCAUUGGCGCCAUCGCCUCUGCUGUACCUCUGUCACGCCACCCAUGGCAACACUCUAAGACGACACCAUUUUCUGUGCUCACUGCGGGGAGUGUGAUCCACCUGCAAGCUCCCUGCAGGUGUGUAGGUCCGAGGUGCCAUGGGGGUGCUGUGACUUCUGCCAGCACUGGUUCUACUGCAGGUGUGUGCUGUGACUUCUGCCAGCAGUGGUUCUACUGCAGGUGUGUGCUGUGACUUCUGCCAGCACUGGUUCUACUGCAGGUGUGUGCUGUGACUUCUGCCAGCAGUGGUUCUACUGCAGGUGUGUGCUGUGGGAUCUAGAAGUGGCAUUGGAGCUGGAUUUUUAUUGUGAUUUUUGUGACAAUAUAGGGAUGGAGGUCCAGAUUUAAUUGUUUGUUUUCCUAUUAAAUUAUUUAUGUUUAAAAAAAGAAGACAUGUCUAAAAUAAUAUUUAUUCAACCCAUCUUGUGUAUUUCUCCCUUUAAUUUCCAAGUGCAUCUCUGCAACACAAACUGCAACAGUGUUGUAAAUGUUUAUGUCUAUGCACAUGACUGAAAUUAGUUGUAUUUAAGUUUAAUACUAAAACAUGAGUUCAUCUACUUUCUCAAAACUUAAGAUUAAUCUGUAAAACAAAUUACGAGACAUUAUUACGAGACAAGCAGCCAUCCCCAGCUACGGAGUACCGGGUGAGAUGUGACCAGGUGGUGAAAGGAAACGUAUCUGUGCCUUCAUGGAGAAGUUCAGGGGUGGUGAGAGGGGAAGUGCCCUCAGAGGAAGGAGCACUCACAACCAGAGGAUAGAGCGGCUGUGGGGGGGAUGUCUGGCAUGGAGUCUCCAAUGUUUACCAUGACCUGUUCACCUUGGAGACGGAGCAGAUCAUCGACAUUACAAUGAGGUGCACCUGUGGGCACUGCACUUUGUAUUCCUGCCACGGGUGAACAGAGAUCUAGGUAGAUCCCUUUGCCUUACAAAGAACCCUUCUCUUCCAAAAAGGGAUCUUAUUUUCAAAACGGUUCUGUAACGUAAUAAAAUGUGGAAAAGGUCAAGGGGUCUGAAUACGUUCCGAAUGCACCGUACAAACAAUACAGAUGUAAGUAGAUAAGUUCUUAAAUGUUGAUGUGCCGUUACAUUUUCAAGCACUCAAUUGCUACUGUAGUUUAGUGCUACUAGAUACAAUUAUGUAUUGCAGAAAUGUUUUUAUGCAACACAGAAAUGUGGGGAAUUCACAAUACCAGAGGUCAUGAAUUUCCUAAAGGCAUUGUAGGUGCUAUGAAGAGGGAGCCUUAGUGUCACAGCACACGUGUUUGCCUCUGGGUACUUUUUCUUCUGCUGCCCAGCGAGACGCCCUCGCACUGUGUGGAGGAAUUCGAUGGUCGGGGUGUCCUCAAACCCAAGGGGUGGCACCACCGUUGCCCCAGUAGCAAACUCCAACACCAUCGCCACUGUUAGAGGAGGACAUUCUCCAUCUGAGGAGUACACAGUAAAACAUGUAAAAUACACAUUGAAAUCACAAAAUGGAAUAAUAUGCAGUUACCGAUAAACUUAAACAACUAUUACUAUUUUACCUUGCACCUCAGCCAGCCAGUUGAACCAGUGGCAGAUGGUGUCGUUCCCCAAACACCGCCGGUUACCGCCAGGUAUGGAAUAGGUUACUUUAAACAGGUCCCGUAUAUUGAUUACUUUAUUAAGCCUUUUCUGAUGUCCCUUCCAGCCUAUCUUCAAGAUACCACAGAUGUGUUGAACAAAAUUAAGGAAUUGAAGAAUAUAGGCACAGCUUCCUUUUUAGUCACCAUGGAUGUGGAGUCUCUAUACACCACCAUUGAGCAUCAACAAGGUUUGGCAGCGAUGCACCAUUUCUUGAGUACCCGGCCUGAAACUGAGAUGCCUCCUACAGAAUUCAUUGUAUCACUGACUGAAUGGACUCUUAAUCAUAACAUCUUUAUCUUCCAGGACCGUAUUUUUAAACAGGUCAAAGGAUGUGCCAUGGGAGCUUGCUACAGCCCUUCCUACGCUGGUUUGUACUUGGGUAAAUGGGAAAAUGACUUCAUUUUGGAUCCUUCUAAUAACCAUUUCUUUGACCGGAUUAUAUGGUGGGGACGCUAUAUUGAUGAUGUUUGCCUGUUUUGGUCCGGCUCAGAAGAUGAACUUAUUUCCUUCCACCAAUACCUUAACAGCAUUAACCCUAACAUCAAACUAACUAUGGAAUACAGCAAGGAUAACAUUCAUUUUUUGGACCUUGACAUUUCUAAAAAUGACAAAGGUUGUUUGAACACAUCAAUCUUUAGGAAACCUACAGAUGGGAAUACCAUUCUGAGGGCAGACAGCUUUCACCCCAAAAGGCUAAAAGAGAAUAUUCCAUAUGGCCAAUUCCAAAGAGUCCGCAGAAUUUGCGAUCAAGAAACAGACUACAGUGUCAAAUCUGCUGAAUUGGAGAAUCGCUUUUUGGAUCGGGGCUACAGCGUUCAGGUCCUGAAAGAUGCAGGUAUAAGGGCUGGAUUACUUGACAGAGAGAACUUGUUACGAAGAAGAGUCCCUCGUGAUACAUCAGAGAGAGUGUAUUUUGUUACAAAAUACAGCACUGAAGCAGAGAACAUUAAAAGAAUCAUUAAAAACAAUUGGGGAAUCAUCCAAAGUGAUACGCUACUACGCCAAGUCUUUCCUGAACCACCAGUCAUAAGCUUUAAGAGAUGUCCUACCCUAAAUGACAAAUUAGUCCACAGUUAUCUUCCGGGUGACUCUCAAAAAACUUGGCUUUACCACAAACCGAAGGGCUCUUUUAAAUGUAACCAGUGCAACCAUUGCAGUAAUAUUGCACAGAAAAAGUAUUUUGUUGACACAGCUUCUAAAAUGGAAUAUUACCUCAAGCAUUUUAUUAACUGCAAAACCACUCAUGUCAUCUAUAGAUUAGAAUGUCCACAGUGCAAGGUGUUCUACAUUGGACGGACAAAGAGACGCCUUCAAAAUCGCUUGGCGGAACACAAGUACGCCAUACGGGUAGGCAAUGAAGACUACCCCAUGGCAAGGCACUACAAGUCCUUACACCAUGGCAACCCUGCCUCCCUACAAGCUAUGGGUAUUGAUCAUAUUCCGGCCUCUAUUAGAAAAGGGGACCGUCUUAAACAGUUAAACCAAAGGGAAAGUUUUUGGAUUUACAAACUACAGGCCACUAAGUACCCUGGUUUAAAUGAAGAUAUGGAUUUCUCACCCUUCCUGUAGGGUCAUGAUGGGUCCAUUUGCUGUCAUCUAGUGGACAUUUUGCUCUAUUGCCCUCAGCUAUGUUUGGACUGUUGUUCAUGUUUUGCUGUGGUCUAGUGUACCGUGGAAUAUAUUGCUUUCUUGUUCUGGACACUUCUCCCAGUCAUGGUUAGGGUUGGGACUGCCUCUCUGGGUGUUCUGAUGCUUCUAACUUGGAGUUGUAUACUCAUGAUAACAUAGCUACAGUAUUUCACCUUUUCAUUUGUAUAUUAUUGCUUACUAGUUGUGUCCAAUUUGGUAACCACUCCCUAUUCUAAUUAGGGCUAAUUGGAAAAGCCUUUCAAAAGAGGACAUUGUAUUCUCCCUUUUCUGUACUCCCUGACGAAGGCCAUGCAGCCGAAACGCGUCGGUUUUUAACAACUUUGUUUCUAUUGAACAUGCCAUACUAAUAAAGGCAUUUUAAUUU